AUGGAUAUGGCUGCUCCCAAAGUGGAACUAUUCCCGAACGAUCCGAUAUUCACCGGCCUUUUCAAGAGUAGAGACUGUGUGUCUGAUGUGGUGAUAUCGGAUGAGUAUGGCAUCGAAGCAGACUAUGAGCAGAUUUUCGAAGACAUAGUCAGCCUGCGUCGUCUUCUGAGAGAAACCCUCCCUGCUAGGUCCUUUGAUGACCAAGGACUUUUGCGCCCCGAGCUGGGGACGAUCGCUUCAAUCACAACAAGUGUAUACUAUUUCGCGAUUUGUUUCUUCUCAGUCGCAUCAUUGGGGGGGAAAUGUCGAAUUGAUGACAACAUUCUUAUCCCAGAGAGUAACCCAUGCUUGAUCAUGCUCUCUUCGGGAACUACCGGGAAGCCAAAGGGUGUUGUGCUUCCCCGGCGGCGAAUUUUCUACGCACCGUGGGGAGGCUCCAAGUCCGUGGAGCUCACAUACCGACCAGUACACUGGAUCUCGAGCGCCAUUCCCCCUAUAAAAAAUCUCAUAUGGGGGAACAAGACCAUUUGCCUCAAGAGAGGUGCAGGGCCGGAUGAUCUCUGGGAGGUAUUUCGAGACAGACAUGUCACGACGGCUGCAAUUACCCCCAUUCGUCUCAAAGCCAUGCAAGAAUAUUAUUAUUCAAACAUUCAAUCAAUGUCAGCUGAGGAACACGACAGCUAUGUUGCUGGGGUUUCUAGGCUAAAACAGGUUAUCUCUGCUGGCUCUAUCUUACAUCCUGACACUGCACGUUUUUGGAAAAAACUCACAAAUAUUUCAAUCAUUACGGUAUAUGGCACUACUGAGCUUGCAACUCGAGGAUUUGAAACAUCCCCUGAUAAUCCCUAUAGAGAGCUUUGUGUGGGUGUUACUGCGAAGCUGUCCGAAGGGAAUAAAGGUCAACUCUUUUUGAAAGCCCCUGGAAUGUUCACGCAUUAUAUUGGAGAUGAAGAGGCGACCAAGAAUGUCUUCGAUGAAGAUGGGUUCUACAAUACUGGUGACAUAGUUCGCCGGGAUGGAGAUGAAUACUUCUUCCUAGGACGAUCUUCGACCGAUUGGAUUCGGUUUUCCGCAUUUACUGUGUCGGUAGUCGAGCUAGAGAAGCGUCUGUUAGAGCUUCCGUAUGUAUCUGAAGCAUACGUUUUGCCCAUCAUGGAUUACGAGGCACGAGAGCUAGUUGCUGCUGUUAUCCGACUAAAGGAGCCAGCUUCAGCUCAGGGCCAUUCGCAAGUAAAUCUCGCCAAGGUCCGCAAUGAUCUUUCUUCAAACACCGAGCCGUACAAGUUGCCUCGACUUCUCAGAGUGUUACAGGAGGGGGAGACAAUCCCUCUAACUGUGUCUGAAAAGGCUCGGAAGAACGAAAUACGAGAAAAAUACUUCAAAAUAUCAGGUUACCGACCGAGAGACUACGCGGUACCUGGGGUGGAAUUUUACGGUAAUGAGACUGGCAGUCAGUUCCUUGCUGACGCCAAAAAAUUGCCAUUGGCAGCGUAA